GUCUCGAGUGAGAAUUCGCGAGACUUUACGGGAUUUGAUUCAAGAUGGCUGCGCCCAACGCUGCAUGAAUUUGAUAUUGGGACUGUAAAAGCUUUGAUAUUUGAGACUGAAGUGUUGGCACGUUGACAGGGAGGACUUUGAGGAAGAUGGUUUUUCAAAGAUUCUUACAAUUCGUCCGGAGGCCAAGGAACGCAGUUCUGGUCAGUGGCUUGGUGGCAACAGGUGUAUUCUGCGUCAAGGCAACUCCCCACAUCUUCCCUGCCAAAGCCUACCGACCCCUCGUUGAGGCCUACAAAGGAGGUCAUAAGAUUCCCCCGACUGACUCCCAACAGAGCGAAUUCCAAAACGUGUGUCAAGACAUUGGCGUCGACCCGGGGUCAUACGAUGUCUUUGUGACAAGCCGGUGGGAAAUCAGGAGUCGUGGUUUGCCAUGGCUUCCAAAUGGUGUCCAGUUCGGGGUACCAGCCAUUCUGAAGGAUGACCCGGACCUGUCAGCCAGGCGCUUCGCCAACCCUAUCAAGACGACUGCCGACACGGAGGAGGGGCGGGAUUUCAGGAAUUCCCUGAGCUUGAGUGAGAGCGCACGAAAGUUCACCCUCGCGAGAGAGGUCGUCAAAAUCAAACGCAAUACCACCGCGUCGUCGGUCGCAAUCGCCCCUAUAAUCACCCUGGCCAACUUUGCAGGCGUCUUCGCAGCUCAAGUCUUUCUCCCGCUGCCGCUGUAUGCAAACGUUGCCGUGGUUGGUACAUGUUUUGUCGUGAUCUACCAGUUUCUGAUGGGAGUUGUCAACGAGAGAGAGGACUUGAUAGCAGACGACAAGGCGGCAAAACUUGGGGAGGAUUAUAUCAGGGGUGGUUUGGAAUUCUAUGAGAAAACUAUUCAAAAGAACAUUGCACUGCGCAAAAUCAUGGGGAAGAGAGGAGAACAGAUGUAUACCUAUUAUGGGAACGAGGUACCAGGCUGGAUUUACUCCUCGGGGGCCAGUAAUACUCAGAAACGCGACAAGUUGAAGAGAAGUUUGGAAGAAAUUGAGAAAAAGGGGACCUCAAGCUGAGAGGCCAAUUUCGUGGAGAAGCGAAGCAUGGACAGUCCCUUAGCACAUAAAAUAGUUAAAGCAAGAACAGGUCAGCCAGAUUCCAAUACAUUUUGACUGGUAACCUGAUUUUGCAGGAGAAAUAUUCUCUGCGCAGUGCUGAACAGUUUAUGAAAUUUGGCUCAGAUUAUAAUAAUUAUAUUAAUGACAAAUUUGACAACACUUUUAUGAAAGAAAACGUUGUACCACAGCUCUAGGUAUUUCCUCUGGUUUAUGUACAAAAUCGUUCAUUUCUUUCCUUUUUUUAUACAAUGGCAGUAGCAAGUAUUCUGUAUGGUACAUUUUGCGGCCUAAUUAUCUUGACACACUUUUAUGUACAUUCACACUUUCAUAGCCAAAAGGAAAGAAAAAAAAGAAGGAACUUUGCAAAACAUGUAAAACAACCAUUGUUUUAUAAGGCCUUGUAUACAGCACAGCAUUUUAUCUAAUGUUGAGACGUUACUGUGACAAUCAUGCAACUUUAAACUGGGUCAUUGUGAAGGCAACAUUCUAAAAAUAAAGUUCUACAGUUUGAAAAUCUCGCAUUACAACUGAA